AUGGCGGCCAAGGGGCCCCGGCAGCGGGCUCGAGGGGCUGGCGGGGAUGUGGCGGCGGCGGCGGCGGCGGCGCCCCCCCGGCAGGUGUCUGGGAGCAAAGCGGGACACGUCUGGGCCCCCGAAGGAUCUACAGCUUUCAAGUGUCUGAUCUCAGCCAGGUUCUGUGCAGCUCUGCUGAGUAACAUCUCUGACUGCGAUGAGACGUAUAACUACUGGGAACCUACACACUACCUCGUCUACGGUAAAGGCUUCCAGACGUGGGAAUACUCUCCCGCCUACGCCAUCCGCUCCUACGCUUACCUGUGGCUCCACGCCUUGCCUGCCCUGUUCCAUGCCAGAGUUCUGCAGACAAACAAGGUCCUCAUCUUCUACUUUGUCCGCUGCCUCUUGGCCUUCCUGAGUUGUGUUUGUGAACUUUACUUCUAUAAGACGGUGUGCAAGAAAUUUGGGCUGCACGUGAGCCGCCUAAUGCUGGCUUUCUUGGUCCUCAGUACUGGGAUGUUCAGCUCAGCAGCCGCUUUUCUCCCCAGCAGCUUCUGCAUGUACAGCACAGUAGUAGCAAUGACUGGGUGGUACAUGGAUAAGGUCUCUCUGGCGGUGAUGGGAGUGGCUGCUGGGGCCGUCGUCGGCUGGCCCUUCAGUGCGGCACUUGGGCUUCCAAUCGCCUUUGACUUCCUGAUACUCAAGAGAAGAUGGCGGAGCUUCCUGAAGUGGUCUCUUGUGGCAUUGGUGGUAUUCCUGGUACCCCUGGUGGUGGUCGACAGUUAUCACUACGGGAAGCUGGUGAUCACGCCUCUCAAUAUUGUUUUGUAUAACGUCUUCACGCCACACGGACCGGAUCUUUAUGGCACAGAGCCCUGGUCCUUCUACUUUGCUAACGGCUUCCUCAACUUCAACGUGGCCUUCGCACUGGCGCUCCUGGCCUUGCCCUUGACCUCGCUGAUGGAAAACCUUCUGCAGAAGUUUCAUGUUCAGAACCUGGGCCGCCCUUACUGGCUGACGCUCUCCCCCAUGUACAUCUGGAUCCUGAUUUUCUUCAGCCAGCCCCACAAAGAGGAGAGGUUCCUGUACCCCAUCUACCCCCUCAUUUGUCUCUGUGGAGCCGUGGGACUCUCUGCCCUCCAGAAGUGCUACCACUUUAUAUUCCAACGCUACCGCCUGGAGCACUACACAGUCUCUUCGAACUGGCUGGCGCUGGGGACCGUCUUCGUCUUCGGGCUGCUGUCCUUGUCACGCUCCGUGGCUUUGUUCAGAGGUUACCACGGUCCUCUUGACCUGUACCCGGAAUUCCACCGCAUUGCCACCAACCCAACCAUCCACACGGUGCCGGAGGGGAGGCCGGUUCACGUCUGCGUAGGGAAGGAAUGGUAUCGGUUUCCCAGCAGUUUCCUCCUGCCGGAGAACUGGCAGCUUCAGUUCAUUCCGUCGGAAUUCAGGGGCCAGUUGCCGAAGCCCUUCGCCAAAGGACCGAUGGCCACGCGCAUCAUGCCGGCCGAUAUGAACGACCAAAACCGAGAAGAGCCCUCCCGCUACUUUGACAUUUCCAAAUGCCACUACCUGGUGGAUCUAGACACGCCGGUGGAAACACCCAGGGAGCCAAGAUAUGCUGCUAAUAAGGAUGAGUGGAUCAGUAUCGCUUACAAGCCAUUCCUAGAUAGUUCCAGGUCUUCAAAGCUGUUUCGGGCCUUCUACGUCCCCUUCCUGUCUGACCAGCAUACAACGUACGUGAACUAUACCAUCUUGAAGCCCCGGCGAGCGAAGCAAGUCAGGAAGAAAACGGGAGGCUAGCAACUCCGGGGGCCCAUAGAGAAUCGGCCAGAAGGGUUGGCUUUCUGCUUCCUUAAUUCCACCUCCUACCCCUACAUUUCUACACGGAGGGCGGCAGGGGUGCCAGGAACGGGGCUUGCGAUGGUUUCCCCUGCGGCUGUUCGUUCUGCGGGGUCUUUCCAGCUACAUGACCGGCCCACGGUUGGCGGUUCCCCGCUUUGCUUCCUGGGCCGUCAGCAAGGCCGUGACCCUGCUGCUCUCUUGCUGUAAGAGGGAACAGGAGCAGACGUCUGGGACCAUUUCCUAGGUGCGGCAGGGUCUCCCGAGUGUGCCCACCUGUCUCUCAGCUGUCCCCCCUACGCUACGGAACAUCUCACUCGCUCUUGAAGGGAGUUCGUGUUCCUUCUCGGAGGGGCUUUCAAAAGAGGAACGGUCGCGAUGGCUGGCAGGAACACAAAAAGCUCCCUCUGGCCAACGGACAAAAUUGCUCCCAAAACGGACCUGGAGGGGGCGGGCAGGACUUUGCACUUUCAGAAACAGACAUUGCUAGCGGCGUAAUUUAGCGGAACGUGACUUUUGUGUCCGUGGAGUCUCCUUCCCACCGUCCUCGUAAGCACCUGCCACGGGAGGAUUUUAGAAGGUUCUGUGGGGAAGGUCCAAGCUCUGUAAAUUCAGAACAUUUACAGAGAUGUCGGGGAAAACACGAGGCCCUCCUUGGGCUUGCUUAUUUCGGGCUGUACCAUGUGAUGAAACUGUUGUUAGAUGUUCAUUAAAAAUUAGGCUCUGCCUCCUC